ACAAAACAAAAUCACAUGUCUUUUCAGCUAAACACGACACAGUUCAUCAGCCCCCUUUCAAGAUCUCACAAAAUCUCAAAUCCCCCACCAUUUUUCUCCUCCUACAUGGAUUAAAAUAAAGCAAAAAACGAAGCAUCCUCCUUACCUUCAUCUUCUUCACUCCUUUUGUCUUUUUCCCUCUGAAUCUUUGAUCCGCCAUGGCCGAGCUCUGACACCCAUCAGAGCUUUUUCGACCCAUUAUCGAAGCUGCCUCCCACUUUCCUCUUUCAAUCGAUUUAUAUAUAAAUCCAUCACUCCCACUCACUUCACUCACUUAAAAUCAAUUCAAUUCCAUUUUCAUUGCUUGAUUUAGUAAUUCCUCUGUUCUUGAAGCUGCUUCCAUGGCGGCGGCGGCGGCAGCGGCAGCGGCGGCUCUGUCAUUUUCCCCUUUUCAUUUGGAUCACGCUGCCUCGACCAGAAUGCUGAAGGAUUUUCUUCAGGAAAGUAAUGGAAAUGGAGAAUCGAAAACGGCGUCGUUUGUUAAGAGGAUCUCGUUUCCGUCGCUGAAAUUGCGAAGGAUUCUUCCGAGAAGCCUUUCGCGGCGGCUGUCGGGGAUGAGAGAGAGAGAUGAGAGAGAAACCAGCGGCGAUUUCGUUGUUAAAGUAAAGGACAUUAUUCGGUGGAGAUCGUUUAGGGAUUUGGUCGACGAGACGGCGGAAAUGGCGGCUCCGCCGCUUGAUUUCGCUGAUUCGCCGGGUCGUUAUACGGCCGCCGCUACUACUACGACGACCACGACGGCGACUAAUAGCAACAGUUCGAGUUGGUGCGAGAGCGAUUUCACGGCGGAGGAUUUGCCGUCGCCGUCGUGGAAAGGUUGCUCCGACGACGAUGAAGCGGGGAAAGUAUAUUUCUCUUGUGUCGGUGAAGAUUCGUCGGAAACGCCCGUAACAAACUCAGUAAACGACAAAAAGGUAAACUUAUUAUCCCGUGACAAUAAAGGCGAACAAAGUGCUCGACGACUAUUAGAACGUAUCGACGAAACAAUUUCAUUAUCACGAAGUUACAAGUUAAUGGAACUGUUUCAACAAGAACGUCCGUAUUAUCGAGAAAGUGAAGACGAUGAAGAACGGGAUAAUAGCACGGGAAAAGCUAAAGAAGACGGAAAUGAGUUGUUUCGACGAGAAUUCCCGUGUUAUCGAGACAGUGAAUACGACGGAGAACGAGAUAAAUCGAACGGAAGUGAUUUUGGAUGGAUUUUGUCACAAAAGGGAAAGGAAAAUCUUUGGAGAGAAAUGGAGAGAGAAGGGAAAUGGGGAGUGUUUGGUAACGAGGAGAGAGAAGAAUUGGGAUUAGAAAUUGAAGGGGGAAUUUUUGGAUGUUUGGUUGAUGAAAUUAUGCUUGAUAUUUUCCCAUUAUCAGUAUAAUUUUAUUUAUUAUUAUUUUUUUUUUUAUAGAGUCAAUAAUUUUUUUUUUAAUGCAUACGGGAUUAAGAGGACUUGACCUUGGCUCUGCUCGGGCCAAGGUCCCUCAAUGCAA